AUGAGCGCUCCCAACACCCCAAAUAGCAGCCAAACCACCGCACCCCCCAAUUCCCCAAUCUCCGGGAAUCCCAUCGCUAUUCCUGACCGCCUCCGCGCCGCCAUUGAAGCCAAAAACGCACGUAAAACCGCAGACCAGGUAGAAAUAGAGACGGAAGAGAUAGCCCGCGGCAUAAGGAGACUUAUGAGCAGAGCCAGCAUAGAAUCACUGAAGCCAGAGACUGCAGAGUCUACUGCUAUCCUUAUGAGACCUGCGCGUCCGGGCCAAGGAAUCAGGGAUCCAGAAGCUGUGAAUAUACCAGCGAGAUUGGUGAGAAAGAUAGAGUUGGACACUUUGAGAGAAGAACUUGAAUGGGUCAGAACAGAAAGCGAGUGGCAUCAAGCAACGGCUAGUGGGGAGCUUCCUGAAGGUACUGGUUGGUAUUCAGAUGAUGGGGAUGAACAUGCUGAUCCUAUGGAUAAUGAUAGUCUGGCUUUGGGUGAGGAUGGAGCCUCAUCUCCGGCUACUGGUACAGAUAGGAUUAGACGAAGGGACCGGAUAAGGCAUGCGGGAGAGGUCCUACUUAGAAGAAUGAGUAGUCUCAACCCAAGGACCACCAGGGCACCGGAGAAGAAUUGA